CUGUCCAAACUAAAAAACAACGUGCACUGACAUAUCUUAAAAUACAUCAGUGCACUUAGUUUUGCCUCAAAUGCACACAAGUAAUGUUUUUAGUAAGACAUGUUUGUUAAAACUAGUUAUAUUUUUUAAUAAAACUAAGGCCUAGUCCUGGCUCAAUCUAAUCCUUGUCUGGAAACCACCCCUAUAUCAUUUUUUGGAGCAGUUACUUAGCAGAUCUGCACUUGCUUUUAUUUUGUGUCUGAUUUAAUACAAUCUGAUUUUUAUAUCUAUGAUCUUAUAUAAAUGAUAAAAUAUUGUUAAAUCAAUAUCUCAUCAAAAAAUGUAUAUUUUUUUUAUAAAUAAUGACACACUCAAAAACUAAAGUCAGCCUUUCUAAUGUAAAGUAUCAUUUGCAAGUUAUAUUAAAUAAAUGCAUUAAACUAAGACUUUUUUCAGGCUGUUGUGCAAAGGUGAAAAAAAUUCAUGAAAUCUAAUUUGCAAAGACAGAACUCGAAAUCUUAUUUGUAAUUUUUUUAAACGACUGCUAAGUUUCUAAGCUUUAUUUGACCAACUUAAACUGACUGAAGAUAUUUAAUGUGUGUGAAUGUGUUUGUGUGUUCAGGUGUGUUUGGCGAUGAAGUGAAGUCAGUGUCAGUGAUGGAGGGAGAUUCUCUUACUCUACACAUUGAUAUGACUGAUAUACAGAAAGCUUAUCGGAUACAGUGGAGGUUUGGCCAUAACGAGACUCGUUUAGCUACAAUCAACAAAGAAAACAAUAGUAUCUCAAUAUAUGAUGAUGUUCUUGAUGGGAGAUUCAGAGACAGACUGCAGAUGAAUAAUCAGACUGGAGAUCUCACCAUCACAAACAUCACAACUCAACACACUGGACUUUAUAAUAUAACCAUCAAAAGCAAACAGAAGCCAAAAUCUUACAGAUUUAAUGUUACGGUCUAUGCUCAUCUGCCCAUUCCUGUCAUCACCACACAAAACUCUUCACAAUGUUCAAACUGUUCAUUAUUGUGUUCAGUGUUGAAUGUGAGAGAUGUGAGUCUGUCCUGGUACAAAGGAAACUGUUUAUUGUCCAUCAUCAGUGUGUCUGAUCUCAACAUCAGACUCUCUCUACCUCUGGAGGUUGAAUAUCAGGAUACAAACACAUACAGCUGUGUACUCAACAAUAACAUCACAAACCAAACUCAACAUCUCAACAUCACUCAACUCUGUCAGACGUGUCCAGGUACAACAGCUGUGAUUAUUAGUGUUCAUUUACUGAGCUGA